CCGUGACGCGUCGUCGUACCAGACUUCAGUUCCACCCCAGACAUCGACCCCUCGAGGACCCGUCUCUUCGGCUUCUCAGGUGAGUCCCUGAGAAGUCCAGGACCUCCUCGCUAACCCAUGUAGAAGAACUGCUAUCAGUUUCAGGUGCUGGUGGUGUAGGCAGUGAUGCAGAGUCCUGGCGCGACUGCCGGUUCCUGGCGUCUGCUUUCGCUGUUCCUGCUAGCGGCGAUCUGCUCCUCGGAUUCUGCAGAGAUCGCAAGCCUAACAUUCAACGACAUCCUGCCUGAGGAUCCUAAGCUUUACGACAAAAUGCGGCCUCCUAAAAAGGACGGAAGUCCAACUGUAGUACACUUCCACGUCACAGUCAUGGGCCUCGACUCCAUUGACGAAAAUGCAAUGACUUACGCUGCCGACAUUUUCUUUGCGCAGACGUGGAAGGAUGACCGACUGAGGCUUCCAGAGAAUAUGACUGCAGAAUACCGGUUGCUUGAAGUUGAUUGGCUGAAGAACAUGUGGAGACCGGACUCGUUCUUCAAGAAUGCGAAGUCCGUGACUUUCCAAACAAUGACCAUUCCCAAUCACUACAUGUGGCUGUACAAGGACAAGACAAUCUUGUACAUGGUUAAGCUGACGCUGACCUUGUCCUGUGCCAUGAACUUUAUGAUAUACCCUCACGACACCCAGGAGUGCAAACUACAGAUGGAGAGUCUGUCUCACACGACGGAUGACAUGGUUUUCCAGUGGGAUCCAGACGUUCCUCUCGUAGUAGACGAGAACAUAGAAUUGCCUCAAUUGCAGCUUGUAAGGAAUAAGACGGAUGAUUGUUCUCAGGUUUACUCUACAGGAAACUUCACUUGCUUGGAAGUCGUAUUCGUGCUGAAGCGUCGACUUGGAUACUACCUAUUCCACACUUACAUCCCAACCUGCCUCAUCGUCAUCAUGUCGUGGGUGUCGUUUUGGAUCAAACCCGAAGCUGCCCCGGCCCGUGUCACCCUGGGGGUCACGUCGCUCCUCACCUUGUCGACCCAGCACGCCAAGUCUCAAGCUUCCCUGCCUCCGGUGUCUUACCUGAAGGCUGUUGACGCAUUCAUGUCGACUUGCACAGUAUUUGUGUUCAUGGCCCUGAUGGAAUAUUGUCUCGUCAACAUCGUUCUUGGAGAUUCUGAUGGUCCAAAGAGCGCACCAGAGCCUCCUAAGUCAGACAGAGUUUUUGACUUAGCUGCUAGGGAGAACGGCCGCCUGCUGACAGGACAGCCCCCUGCACAAAGACAGCCAUCUGCAGCCCAGAGGAACAUGGCCAGAGCAAUAAAUGUCGACAGAUUUUCUCGAGUGUUUUUCCCACUUCUGUUCGCGAUUCUAAACGCAGUCUACUGGGCGAUUUUCGCACAAUUUUUGUAAAAGGUCUGUCCUGCGAUGAACGUGCAAGGAAAACACGUUCAGUCGUUGUCGUCACAUUUGAAGGAGAAGAAGAAAAUAAAUUGCUAAACAUGGCUGUCUCCUCUGUGACGUCACGCCUUGAGCUGUGGUGGAACUCGCUCAGUUUCUACCGCUCUAAAAGGCGCAACAUUGCAGACGACAGUCAUCUUAACAUUUGCGGUCUUGUAAGCCUGAGAUCUUAUUAAAUAUACUGCCCCCCCCCAAUUAGACGAGUGUGUUAUGCGAUUAGGAAGUUUUGCAAAUGACUCUGAUGCCAUCAUCAUCUUCGAAGCAGAAAGUAGCAUGUGUGGAUGGUAAGCAGUUUCACAUUAUAUGGAAUGUUCUUGUAAAUUCUUAUUUAUAACUCUUUAAGCCGUAGGCUUGUACAUUAUUUGUAUUACGUGUUUGCUGUUAGGUACAAGUAUUUACCACAGUGUAAACAGUGAUUUUCAGUUCUCUUGUCCUAUUAAUUGGCUUCGAUUAAAUUUUGAGGACGUUCAUUAUAAAAAUAAAGGCAAUGAAUUAAAAAGACU